GGGAAUCGAAACCAGGCCGGAAGUGGCCCAGCGCGGCCAUUUCGCUCAGGUUGUUAACUGGUUCUAACCUGUCCGUCGCCUGCGUGGGACGCUGCGGUGAUUUAGGAUGUCAGCAGUGGACGUCCUGUGGGGCCAAUGAGGGGAACUCGGCUUGCGGACUUCCCGGUGGCUCUGCAGAGCCCCCGGAUCAGACCACACCAGUGACGCUGCUGGUCUCCUUAGAAGCCCAGCCAGACUCUCCCCCGAAGCUCUGACUGAAGCCUCCAGAUGCCCACCCAGCUUUGGGCUCCCGGGAAGAAAGGACUUGCCCACAAGAGAGACCGAGAAGUGAAGCCCAGAGGAGACAUGACUGCUGGCGAGGAUUUGUCCCAGAGGUCCCAGGCCCUGGGUUCAGAGGAGCAGGAUGGACCAUGCGAGGUAUCAGUGUCAUUUGAGGAUGUGACCAUGGACUUCAGCAGGGAGGAGUGGGAGCAGCUGGGCCCCGCCCAGAGAUGCCUGUACUGGGACGUGAUGCUGGAGAUCUGCAGCCACCUCCUCUCCCUGGGGUACCCCAUUCCCAGGCCAGAGAUGAUUUUCAGGAUGGAAAAGGAAGAGGAGCCAUGGAUAAGGGAGGCUCAGCUCCCACAUCAGUGGCGUCCAGAAGGGGAGUUUGGACUCAAAACCUCACGACAGAAAAUUUUUGAAAAAGCUUCGUUUCGCGACGGUAAGGAACUUGCGGCCCCGGGAGGCGGGUCAGGGUGCUCCGUCUUGGGAGAUGUGAACCCCACAACGAGGCGUCUGCAGAAGCAAGGGAAACCUUCGCGGCACGGGGCUCUCCUCAGUAGGGAAACACCGGAUACAGAGAGAGACCGCGGGUGUAAAGACCCGGGAAAAAUCGCUCCUGUGAGGCCCCAUCUUGUUCCUCCACAAAAAAGACCUCCUAAACGUGGCUCAUUUGCGAAAAGUUUGAAGCCCAACCUAGGAGGAAGUCCUCAAAAGCAAAGCGACGGCACAGAACACCUCGAUGGGACUGUCGGCUCUGGCCGGCUACUCCCCCAUAGCCCUUCCGGUCCUGGCUACAAGAACGUUCGUCCAGGAGAGAACCUGUGUGAAGGGAAUCCACAUAUGAAAGUCGGCAGCCGUAAACCGCCACACGCACAACAUCGAGUUCAUACCUGGGAGAAACCCGAUAAAUGUGCCGAAUGUGGCAGGGGCUUCGGCCAGAAGCCACCCCUCGAGCAGCAGAGAUUCCACAGCGUGGAAAACCUCCAGGAGAGCAGGAAAUGCACGACCAGCCUUGCCCCGCGGCCAGACCUCGGCGCGUAUCUGCCCGCUCACGCAGGACACGUUCCGUACAUAUGUAAGGAGUGCGGGAAAGUCUUCGCUCAGAGGUCGGAACUGACGACACACCAGAAAAGCCACGCCAGACAGAAGCCCCACAAAUGCCAGGAAUGUGGAAAAGCCUUUUUCCAGGCGUUAUCUCUCUUCAGACACCAGAGAACCCACACUCGAGGGAAGCUCUACGAGUGCGGCGAGUGUGGGAAAGGCUUCUCCCAGAAGUCCACCCUCGCCAUCCAUCAGAAAAUCCACGCCGGCGAGCGGCAGUAUGCGUGCGGCGAGUGUGGGAAGGCCUUCACCCAGAAGUCCGCGCUCAGCCUGCACCGGAGGAUCCACUCGGGGGAGAAGGCCUACGCGUGCCUCGCGUGCGGCCAGGCCUUCGUGCAGAAGGCCCACCUGACCGUGCAUCAGAGAAGCCACACCGGAGAGAAGCCCUACAAGUGCAGCGACUGCGGGAGAGCCUUCACCUCCAAGUCACAGUUCAGAGAGCACCAGCGGGUCCACACGGGCGAGAAACCCUACGUGUGCGCCGAGUGUGGGAAGGCUUUCAACGGCAGGUCCAAUUUCCACAAACAUCAGAUGACUCACACGAGAGGGAAGACCUUUGCCUGCCACACAUGUGGGACCGCCUUUGGCCAGAAAUCAGAGCUGAUGACACAUCGGAGAACUCACGUCGGACAGAGGCCUCACGCAUGCGGGGACUGCGGGAAAUCCUUCAGUAAGAAACCACAGCUCCAAGUGCACCGGCGAAUUCACACGGGAGAGACGCCCUAUGCGUGUCCUCAGUGUGGGAAGGCCUUCAACAACAGAUCCAAUUUUAAUAAACACCAAACAACUCAUACCAGAGACAGACCUUACGAGAGCAGUUACUGCAUGAAAGGCAUUACCCAGACAUCCGUUCCCAGUAUGCAUCAGCAAUAACAUAAAGUGAAACAAAGUCUAAAUUUCUCGAAGGAAAAAAAAAAUCUCCGUAGAGUCUGAUUCAAUUGAAUGUUAACAGAAGGACCCCCGGAAUGCGCUGCAUUGUUGCAAAGGUACACCUUGUUUUAUAUGAAGGAAAUCACUUAGACAAGAACAUUUAACAAUGAGGGGAAGUGUCCAUAUUCGUACUAACCUCGUCAAGGAUUAUAAAACUCUCUUGGGAAGAAACCCGGACUAACCUUGAGAAAAGUGUCUCUGUAGAAAGUAGUACAAGAGGGGCGCCUGGGUGGCUCAGUAGGUCAAGCAUCCGACUUCGGCUCGGGUCAUGAUCUCGCGGUCCGUGAGUUCGAGCCCCGCGUCGGGCUC